GUUAUUUUCCUGUGCUUUUCGCAGAUCUCUUGAGUUGGAUUUUUGUGUGUGUUUUCCGGAAAACAUAAACAACAAACGUCGUAAACAUGGCUGAUGAAGCGCAGAAGAAGAAGAGAACCUUCAGGAAGUUCACCUACAGGGGUGUUGAUCUGGACCAGUUGUUGGACAUGAGCAUGGAGCAAGUGAUGGAGCUGUUGCCGUGCAGAGCUCGGAGGAAGCUUAGCCGUGGCCUGAAGCGCAAGCCGCUGGCCCUGAUGAAGAAGCUGCGCAAGGCCAAGAAGGAGGCGCCGCCACUGGAGAAGCCCGAGGUGGUCAAGACUCACCUCCGCAACAUGAUCAUCCUGCCGGAAAUGGUGGGCAGUGUAGUUGGUGUCUACAACGGCAAGACGUUCAAUCAAGUGGAAAUCAAGCCCGAGAUGAUUGGACACUACCUGGGUGAAUUCAGUAUCACAUACAAGCCUGUCAAGCACGGUCGUCCUGGUAUCGGUGCCACUCACAGUUCCAGAUUCAUCCCUCUGAAGUAGAUCCGUUUUCCUUUUUUUCUCCACCUUCCGCGGGGGGCAGACGAAGGUGUGUGCGGGAUGGAAUGAAAAAUGAACCGGCUGCGAGUUGAGCAGGACAUA